AAGUACAAAGACACAAAGAGAAGAGCCGAGUGCACACUGCAGGAUCCACAGUGUGUUUCAGGAGCGCUGAUAGAUGUAGCCGAGCACCUGGGCUCUCUGAAGUACAAAGUGUGGGAGAAGAUGCUGGGGAUUGUUCAAUACACUCCAGUGACUCUGGAUCCCAACACAGCACACCCUGCUCUGAUACUGUCUGAGGAUCUAACAAGUGUGAGACUCAGCAAUGAGAGACAGCAGCUUCCUCACAACCCACAGCACUUUGAUCGCUGUGUCAGUGUGCUGGGCUCUGAGGGGUUCACCUCAGGGAAACACUGCUGGGACGUGGAAGUAGGGAACAAACCUGACUGGGAUCUGGGUGUGACAAAAGAGUCCAGCCAGAGGAAAGGGAGCAUCACUCCGAACCCAGGAGCAGGAUACUGGACUAUAGCCCUGAGGGGUGGGGAUCAGUACAAGGCAGGGACCUCACCAGAGACACGACUCACUCUGGAGAAGAAACCCCAGAAGAUCAGAGUUCAGCUGGACUGUGACGGAGGGGAGGUGACAUUCUUUGACGCCAGUGAUAUGAGACCCAUCUACACUUUUAAACACAGACUUACUGAGAGAAUGUUUCCAUAUUUCUGGUCUGGCUUCCCAAACUCUGCCCCCCUCAGAAUCUGCCCCGUGAAGGCAGUUAUAAAACUGGACUAGCCCGAUGUGUUCAGGAUGAACAAUAGGGCUGUAUAAUAAUAAUAAUAAUAAUAAUAAAUAAUAAUAAUAAUAAAUAAUAAUAAUAAUAAUAAUAAUAAUAAUAAUAAUAAGACUGACCCUGCUGGCUGCUGCACACUGAUAGGGCUGUAUAAUAAUAAUAAUAAUAAUAAUAAUAAGACUGACCCUGCUGGCUGCUGCACACUGAUAGGGCUGUAUAAUAAUAAUAAUAAUAAUAAUAAUAAUAAGCCUGUGACCCUGCUGGCUGCUGCACACUGAUAGGGCUGUAUAAUAAUAAUAAUAAUAAUAAUAAUAAGCCUGUGACCCUGCUGGCUGCUGCACACUGAUAGGGGUGUGAGGGGUGGCAGUGACAGGUGAAGAGUUUCACUGAAGCUCAUUUCCUCCUGGGUUAAAGGGUUCACCAGUAAACCAGUAAGAACAGGAUCAGGUUGUGUGGUUUCCUGAAGGUG